CUACAGACAGUCUAUGCGAGUGCUUUGAAAUGGCGUUGCUCCAUCACAAAUGUCUGUAUUUCUGAGUUGUUUAUAGUAACAGUGCUCAUGUGCUCUUUUAAUCUUUUCAAACCCUGCAAUAUACAUUUUGUGACUUAACCUACACACCUGGAUAUCAUUUGUAGGGGAAAAAGACAAUGCAGUAAGGGCUGUUUUUGAAUACUUUGCGCUGCAUAAUAAGGCCUCAUCGAUCCUCAGCCUUUCGUAAGGAUUUCAACCGAUUUCGAAUGCUUGGCCGGUGGCCUCUCUGCAGCAAUCGGACAGUUUAAAUCCCGGUGCCUAAUCAUGGCGAAUACAAUGCACCAUGUGUGACAGAAAGCAGUGGGCUAGGCACCUAUUCCAAGUGAAGUGACACACCACAGUUAACCUGUUACUGGCACUGCCCUGUGCUGCUUCAGUACAAACGACAUUUGAACCAUAUAUUUUUUUUCAGAGCUCAAUGCAACCGUAAACUAAUUCUAAUUGCAAACUAGAGUCGUGCUGCCAUAUUCACAGAGUAGAUUUAAGCCUAACUGUCAGUCAGUUUACACUCCCAGUAUGGCGUCUGUUCCAGUGUACUGCCUGUGUCGCCUGCCCUACGAUGUCACACGCUUUAUGAUCGAGUGUGACAUAUGUCAAGACUGGUUCCAUGGAAGUUGUGUUGGAGUGGAGGAAGACAAAGCAGCAGAGAUUGACUUGUACCACUGUCCCAACUGUCAGGUCACCCAUGGGCCCUCUGUCAGUUCCGCAGUGAGGAAGCGGCGUGGAGGUGCCAAGCAGGCUGAUGCUGGAGGAAGAGAAACUUCUGGUCGACCAGUAAAGACAGGCAGCCCACAGUUUGUCAGGGAGCUACGAAGCCGAACCUUUCCAAGUGCUGAUGAGGUAUUGUUAAAGCCGUCGGGGGCCCAGCUGACAGUGGAGUUCCUGGAGGAGCGCUCGUUCAGUGUUCCUGUCAUGGUCCUCAGGAGGGACGGCCUGGGCAUGAACCUGCCCCCGGGGAACUUCGGAGUCAACGACGUAGAGCACUACAUCGGUCCGGACAGGGAGAUUGAUGUGAUUGACGUGUCUCGCCAAGCUGACCUGAAGAUGCGCCUAGGAGACUUUGUGGAGUACUACAACAGCCCCAACAGAGACCGAGUCCUCAACGUCAUCAGCUUAGAGUUCUCUGAGACCAGGCUGUCAAAUUUGGUGGAGACUCCGAAGAUAGUGAGGAAGCUGUCGUGGGUGGAGAACCUGUGGCCUGAGGAGUCCGUGUUUGAGCGGCCCAACGUCCAGAAAUACUGCCUCAUGGGGGUCAAGGACAGCUACACAGACUUCCACAUCGACUUCGGAGGUACCUCUGUCUGGUACCAUGUACUACGGGGUGAGAAGAUCUUCUACCUGAUCUCCCCCACGCCAGCCAACCUUGCCUUGUUUGAGCGCUGGAGCUCCUCGUCCAAUCAGAACGAGAUGUUCUUCGGGGACCAGGUGGACAUGUGCUACAAGUGCUCUGUCAAACAGGGGAACACGCUCUUCAUCCCAACAGGAUGGAUCCAUGCUGUACUGACUCCUGUGGACUGCGUGGCUUUCGGAGGGAAUUUCCUACACAGUCUCAACAUUGACAUGCAGCUCCGAGCGUAUGAAAUAGAGAAGAGGUUGAGUACAGCCGACCUGUUCAGUUUCCCAAACUUUGAGACUGUGUGCUGGUAUGUUGGCAAGCACCUGCUUGACACAUUCAGAGGUCUGAGAGAGAACCGCAGACACCCUGCUACCUACCUGGUCCACGGAGCCAAAGCCCUCAACAACGCUUUCCGCACCUGGACACGCAAAGAGUCGCUGACUGACCACGAGGUGGAGAUUCCAGAGACCAUUAAGACUCAGCAGCUGGUCAAGGACCUGGCCAAGGAGAUACGACUGGUGGAGGACAUCUUCCAGCAAGGCCGUCCUGCGGCUCCUUUCACCUCUACACAGGGCUUCCCCUCGCCCCUCCCCAAAGCCUCCCCUCUAGCCGUCUCCCAGAGCCCUGGCCGCCCCCCGGGGAAGAAGAGAGGCCCCAAACCCAAGGAUGUGUCCCCCAGCCCCAAAAAGAAGGGCCAAAAGGGCUUAAUGAAAGAGGCAGGAGAGCUGGACCUCCUGGAGAUUCACACCAAACACACACUGAAGAAAUGCCAAUCUGGUAACAAGAAAAACAAGAACAAGUUUGAGCUACCCUUGGAGGAGUUCCAGGGGAAAAUGAGCAAGAGCAAACUGAAGCUGGUGCUGACCAACGGCAAAAUACAGGGGAAGAAGGGUGGUCGUUCAGGUGGCAGUAACCGUGCACCUCACUUCCAGCACCAUGCUAUGGGAGGGUCUGCCCUGUCAGACUUUGAGUCAGAGGACGAGCUACAGAUUGACGAGACACCUCCUCCACGACGCAAGGCUGGGGGAUCCAGCAAGAAGAAACUAAUUGGUCUUCCUAGGAAGCUGCCGAGGGCUAAGCCAUGCUCUGACCCACAUCGCAUCAGAGAACCAGGAGAGGUGGACUUUGACAUUGAGGAGGACUACACCACAGAUGAGGAGGAGACCAUGACUGUCCAUGGCGUGAAGGGUGGAGCCGGGGGAAUCCUGGACCUGCUGAAAGCCAGCAAACAAGUGGCAGGGCUGGACUCUGCACUCAGUGAGGAAGCCCCAGCCUCUCCCAGCACGCGAGAUGCCAUCCAGGGCAUGCUCUCCAUGGCCAACCCUCCAUCUUCUUCCUCCUCCUCCUCUUCCUCCUCUUCCUCCCCUCGGUCUGUCUCCGGAGGGCUUUCUGAGGGCCUGGGCAUGGUCAAAGAGAAAGGAGGGCGGGCCGUGUGGGUGACAGGAGCCAAUAAGAGCAGAGGGGGAGGAGCCUCCAAAGAGAAGACAACAUUCCAACGCCCUGGGAAGCGGCCUGUCAAGCGGCCGGCCCGUCACCUUAGCGACGAGGACAGUCCAGACGAGCAGGAAACUCUGGGCACCUGUUUUAAAGACGCCGAGUAUGUCUAUCCCUCCCUAGAGUCUGAUGAGGAGGACCAUGCCAACAAGGCCAAGAUGAAGAGGAAGAAAAACUGGGACGACACUCCUUGGAGCCCCAAAGCCCGGGUAACCCCCACCCUGCCAAAACAGGAGCGCCCAGUGAGGGAGGGGGCCAGAGUGGCGUCUGUAGAGACUGGCCUUGCUGCAGCUGCUGCCAAACUGGCACAACAGGAGAUCCAGAAACCCACCAAGAGGAAGUACACCAAAAAGCCCCGCCCCGUUGCUCCACCACAGCCACCUCCUCAGGCUGAGCUGUCCCCUCCCUCCCCCCCUCUAGCCCCGGAGCCUCCCACCCCUGACUUAAGCCCUGAGCAGAGGGUGGAGUGCUACUCUGCCAGCCUACUGGACCAUGAGUACACGGUGGGCCCUGGGGGCCCCAGAGGGAGUGCGGCUAUGGCUCCUGGGGUGUUCCUCACCUCCAGACGACCCUCCCUCUCCCCCCAGAACAGCAGCACUUACUCCCCCUCUGCAGCCUCCCCCGCUGGGCUAGCUAGCCCCGGCAGCGCUGGAGCUGGUGGAGGGAAACGUCCAAAGAAAGGACUUGCAACAGCAAAACAGAGACUAGGAAAGAUUCUGAAAAUACACCGCAAUGGGAAGCUUCUCCUGUGAGAGGUGCUUCGGGGGAUAUGGACGGAUGGAGGACAGAUGGAUGUAAAUUAAAGAGGACCUGAAAGACAUGACUGCUUUAAGAGAGACUGUUUAUAUUUUUUAAUCUAUAAUUCAAUUUUUUUUCAUUUGGUAUCUUCACCUGCACCUGUCAUCCACUCAUGUUCUCACUCUAUACCCCUUUCCAGUCCUCUUAAUAAUUCAGAAUAGAUUGAAUUUAUAUUUUGUAGCACUGAAGUAGUCAGCAUUCUGCUUUCACAUUUGGUAUUAUUCAUACUUUGAUAUAUAUACACACACACUACCGUUCAACAUUUUCCCUGUUUUUUAAAGAAAAACACAUUUUUUUUGUCCAUUAAAAUAACAUCAAAUUGAUCAGAAAGACAGUGUAGAUAUUGUUAAUGUUGUAAAUUACUAUUGUAGCUGGAAACGGCUAAUUUGAAAAAAAAUUGAAUAUCUACAUAGGCAUACAGAGGCCCAUUAUCAGCAACCAUCACUGCUGUGUUCCAAUGGCACAUUGUGUUAGCUAAUCCAAGUUUAAAGGGCUAAUUGAUCAUUAGAAAACCCUUUUGCAAUUAUGUUAGCACAGCUGAAAAAUUUUCUAAUUUAAAGAAGCAUUAAAACUGGCCUUUAGACUAGUUGACAUCAGAAGCAUCAGCAUUUGUGGGUUCGAUUACAGGCUCAAAAUGGCCAGAAACAAAGAACUUUCUUCUGAAACUCAGUCUAUUCUUGUUCUGAGAAAUGAAGGCUAUUCCAUGUGAGAAAUUGCCAAGAAACUUUAGAUCUCGUACAACGCUGUGUACUACUCCCUUCACAGAACAGUGCAAACUGGCCCUAACCAGAAUAGAAAGAGGAGUGGGAGGCCCCGGUGCACAACUGAGCAAGAGGACAAGUACAUUAGUGUCUAGUUUGAGAAACUGACGCCUCACAAGUCCUCAACUGGCAGCUUCAUUAAAUAGUACCCGCAAAACACCAGUCUCAACGCCAACAGUGAAGAGGUGACUCUGGGAUGCUGGCCUUCUAGGCAGAGUUGUAAAGAAAAAGCCAUAUAUAUCUCAGACUGGCCAAUAAAAAGAAAAGAUUAAGAUUGGCAAAAGAACAGACACUGGACAGGAACUUUGCCUAGAAGGCCAGCAUCCCGGAGUUUCCACACUAGUCUUUCUUGAGACUAGUGUUGGCGUUGAGACUAAUGUUUUGCGGGUACUAUACUGAAGCUGGCAGUUGAGGACUUGUGAGGCAUCUGUUUCUUAAACUAGACACUAAUGUACUUGUCCUCUUGCUCAGUUGUGCACCGGGGCCUCCCACUCCUCCUUCUAUUCUGGUUAGAGCCAGUCUGCGCUGUUCUGUGAAGGGAGUAGUACAUAGCGUUGUAAGAGAUCUUCAGUUUCUUGGCAAUUUCACGCAUGGAAUAGCCUUCAUUUCUCAGAACAAGAAUAGACUGACGAGUUUCAGAAGAAAGUUAUUUGUUCCUGGCCAUUUUGAGCCUGUAAUCGAACCCACAAAUGCUGAUGCUCCAGAUACUCAACUAGUCUAAAGAAGGCUAGUUUUCUUGCUUCUUUAAUCAGAACAACAGUUUUCAGCUGUGCUAACUAACAUAAUUGCAAAAGGGUUUUCUAAUGAUCAAUUUGCCUUUUAAAAUUAUAAACUUGGAUUAGCUGAUAAUGGGCCUCUGUAGAUAUUCCAUUAAAAAUCAGCCGUUUCCAGCUACAAUAGUCAUUUACAACAUUAACCAUGUCUACACUGUAUUUUGGAUAAAUUUGAAGUUAUUUUAAUGGGGGGAAAAAUGUGCUUUUCUUUCAAAAACAAGGACAUUUCUAAGUGACCCCAAACUUUUGAACGGUAGUGUAUAUAUUGAGGAGCAUGUAAGCAUUUAGUUGGUCAUGCACCGCUCAGAUCAAUUGAACAUGUAUGGAUCAAUUUAAUUGCUAUAUGAUCUAUCUAAUCAUUUAACCCAUUAAACUUACAUGCAAGAAGCAUGUAUUCAUCAAAUGGACAAUGAAAAAUGUCUGAAAUUUGUAGUUGAUGAUUUAUAGUAAAACAAUUCUUUGAUUUUAUUAUGAAACUCAUGAUAUUACCCGUUCUUCACAUGACAUGGGUCUCUAUGUGGGUGUGCUUGAAGUCAAAAGAGGUGAAGGUUUUAAAUGGGUAAAUAAAAUAUACAUUUCUUUCCAGACAAUUCAGCCAAAUGGGAUUUUUAGAAAUUAUUUAAUCCGUUUGAGAUUAACUCAUGUUGUUUUGGAUGACUUACUUUUAGAUAGCUUUUUAAAUGUAUUAUGUGCUAGUAGGCUUGCCUCCCAUCCACCCCUUUACAGUUGUGUUCACAUCUAUGUUCUCACCUCACUUUCGACUCUAGUUUACUUUUUUAUUUCCACAAACUUAGGUUAUUACUUCUAUUCACCACCCAGGUGUUUACUUUUCCCUUGUAGAUAGCAACCAAACCUUUUAGAAAGGGAUCUCUUCACCAGAAUUUAUGUAGAUAUUUUAAAAGAAAUGCUAUUGGUGUGCUAAUGACCCCAAGAAAGAUUUAACUUGUGUUUUUUAUUGUAUUCAUUUACCUUAGCCUGGGUACCAGUCUGUGUGCCAUCAUGUCACUCCUUGUCGUGGCAGGUCACAUACUGGUACCCAAGCUACAUUUAACUCACUUCUGGAUGAAGGUCUGUGUUUUUAGAUGUGUAUAUUUUGGAAUUUAUAUAGCCACCCAGUCAAAACAGUACUGUCAUGAUAUGAAGAAUCUGGUUCCUAAUCAUUUUCAAAUCCACCAUGGUUUGUAUUCAAGUCUUUAGUAGUAUAGACUUGAGACAGCAGUUGUAGGUUGUAUCCCAAAUGGCGCCCUAUUCUGUAGUGCACUACUUUUGAACAUAGCCCAAUGCGUUCUGGUUAAAAGUAGCAUACUAUUUUGGAAAUGUGGUGCUGUUUGGGACGCAGAUGUAGAAUGACGUGUUUUAUUUAAGGAAUGUGCUACAUAUAUAGACACAGUUGUAGUGUGCUGUAAGGAAGUCGGGAAGCGAGAGAUUUGAUAAUGAUUCUGAUAUGUACAUCGUUGUAAUUUUGUUUUUAUAUAGUUCAAAGGAUAAGUCUUUUUGUUGUUAUUGCUUAACAUACCUUGUAUAAAAUACAUGUAAUUUUGAAAAAUGUUUGAAAUAUUCAAAGUUUUAUUUGUAUGCAGUAAUAAUUAUGUAAUUUUUAGUUGGUCAUGUAUUGUUAUAAUGGAAUAAUGAAGUUCCUGAUUUAUCAUUUAGUAUUAAUAAUAUUUCGUCUUGUGUCAGUGUAUAUGUUAGACGUAAAAAGCAUUGGCCUGGAGGAGAUAGAAUAUACUUUUGUUAUUCAUUUUGUUGCAGGUUUUGUGUUUCUUCUCUCGUUCGAUAUCAAGGUUGAUUCUGUGGGUGAGGCGCGCCCUAAUUGGAGUCAUCUUUGUUGGUCAGGGUGUGUGGCACCUGUUGCCUCGUUAAUUAGUCGUUAGUUUCACCUGUGCUGGCACAGGUAAUAUUUAAGAGCUGCAGAGCCAAUGCUCUAGUUGGUAGGAGAGAUGUUUAAGUGUUUGAUCGACGUUUGUCGUCCUCUUUUUAAGUUAAGCCUUUUAUCUUGUGUUCUCCCCUUUGGUUUGCGCCGCCUACUUUUAACUCUGUAUUAUAAGGUGGUCUGGGUUUUUAUUUAGCCUUUUCUGGGGUGAAUUUAUUGUGUACUCACGGUGGGUGUCUUUCAGAACCCUGUUUCUUGUUGCUAGUUAACUUUCAAUUGACACCCCCCAUGAGUGUCUGAGAACCUCUCCUAAAACCCCACCUGUUUCGCUUUGAUGCUUUUCCGUCUGGGUAAUUUAAUAGUUCCCUUUUUGUGAGCGACGACAUGAGUUUGUUUUAGUGGGAACGUAACAAAAGGGUGGGCUCGUCCGGGAUCUUGUCCCAGGUUUUUUGUAGUCGCUGAAAUCAUUCCAAAGCAGUGGAAAGUUGCAUGAACACUCACAGGGUAAAACAUAUUUGACUGAAUUGGGAACAUUUGUGGGGAACCCAACUUGGGAGAUACUGGAUAAAUGUACAAAGGCGAAUCUGCUCAUUGCAAAACAUUGACAUCAAAGUGGCACCUGCCGAUUCUAAAGCAGUAGUCAGAAUUAAUCGAUACUGCUUUGGUGGAGGAGAAAAUCCUCCUGGAGAGCAAACAUGGUGAAAAGGGUCCUACAGGUGGUAGUGUACACCAAGUAGAUGUGAAACUGCGAGAGGUAGAACGAUAGGCAAAAUUGGAGCAACUGCAAUUAGUUUGAGCAGGACAUACAGUAAAAAAAAUAUGGAGUAAGAAGAACCUGCAGCCAGACAAGAACAGGAAUGUGAGCAUGCCAUUCGAGUUAAAGAAGUUGAGUUAGCAGCACGCCAAAGAGGGAUAGAUCUUGGAAGUACUCUGAAUCAAGUCGGGCCAUCCUGCACCCUAAACAGAGUUUGAGCUCGUUCGGAAGUGCCGGCUUCCGAAGCGCCGGAUGUAUAUUUUACUCAGUUUAAGAGGAUUGCAACGUCCCUAAAAUGGCCGUGAAAUUCAGAUUAUGAAUUUGUUAAAGCUGCUAUCCUUCGCGUUUAAGAGUUGUUCCCAGAGGCAUACAGACAACAGUAACGUAAAUUAUGAAAGACAGAAUUACAAAUAGCAAUCCAGAGAAGUUACCUCCUACUACGAGGUUUUGCUUUUUCCCCAGACAAGGAUCAGCAGAAAACUGCUGCUUCAUAUCAACCCGUUUGCCAUUACUGCCGAGUGAAAGGACAUAUCUGUGUCCUAAAUUGAAACAUAAAUAUAAAAGAGAAAAAUACGUUUCUUCUUGUGGGAGCAGUCCUUCCAGUUAUCAGAAAAGAACCCUGGGGUUCUCAGCGUGUGGUAUUAUAAUUGCUAUGUCCAAGAAUAUUGCAGAGAGCAAGUGUAGUGUUGGAGGAUAACAGCAAUCCCACCAAGUUCGAUCUAUGAGAGAUUUGUUUGGUCCUGAUUUCGGUGAACCUCUUGCGUUGACCGCUCCUUUGAAAACCCCAAAUGUGAGUGAGUUUGUAGGACUGCUGAAAUAAGAGGGUCCCAACAGUUGACACUUCAAAGUCUAGGAAGCAGCUGAUUGCUGAACAGAGAAAAGAUGCUUCCCUCAUUAUUUUUGCUGAGAUACAUCCAGAGGAGUUUGAUGAAGUUUGUGUGGGUUACGUUGACAGGGAUGGUGUUCUGCGGAGGAAGUGGCGUUCCCCACUUCUGGGCAAGACGAGUGUAUUUGUCGUUCUAGUUACGCUUCGACAAGAGAGCGUCUUGGGGUUAACAAGACGUAUGACCAUAUCUUGGUUAACUUCUGGUCUGGAACAGAAUAUUGUGGUUUACUGUAAAUCCUGUCACGUUUGCCAGGUGAUGGGUAAACCGAACAGUGCCAGUUCACCUUGGUUUAUUGGUUCUUUGCCCAAAACAAAGAGUGGUAACCAAUUUCUCUUAACCAGGUGUGCUGAAGAAAAUCCCAAGGAAAGUUACUACGGACAUUGCAGGAGUUUCCCUUUGAAAUCAGACAUGUCCAUGGUAAGGACAACUUGUUUUCUGAUUUGUCUUAAAGGUGCGCAGUUCGUUUUAGUUUUGUGUUCUGGUGCACGUUUAAAAAUAUAGUUUAAUGAAUGGCUGUUUUGUUAAUGACAUGAUUGUUGCAGUGUUGAGAGGUAGUUAACUCUGUGUUUAUAUUGGAGAAAGUGAUGCAUUUAAAUUGUGAAAUUAGAGCUUUCUGUUGGUUGUGAGCAAACUUUUCCAACAAGUACAUGGAAUAUACUUGUUGACUAAAGCGGGAAGGUGUUACAGGCUUCUUUUUUUUUUUAGGUUGGUUCUGUAUGGGUGUGGCGCACGCUUAUUGGAAUCAUCCUUGUUGGUCAGGAUGUGUUGCACCUGUAAAUCAGUUGUUAGUUUCAUCUGUGCUGGCAGAGCCAACGCUCCAGUUGGCAGGAGAGAUGUUAAAAUUGCUAGACUGUCUUCCUCUUAAGUUUGUGAAUUCAAAGCCUUUUAUCUUUGGUUAACUCCAUAUUAUAAAGUGGUGUGGGUUUUUAUUUUGGUAUCCUUUUUAUAGGGCGAAUUCAGUGGGCACUCAUGGUGGGUGUCUUUUAGGACCCAGUUUCGUGUUGCUAGUCAACUUUCAGUGGACAGCCCAUGAGUGUAUUUGAAACCCCCUCUUAAAACCCCACUUGUUUCGCAUUAGUUAGUGCUUGUGCGUGGCUCAUUUGUUAGUUCCUUUUUGUGAGCGAUGACGUCAUGAGUGUUCUUAGGUGGAAUGUAACAAUUUCAUGUGUGCUCAGCAGUUGUUCACCAGUACCAAAAAGGCCCCAUACACACUCAGGUUGUACAACUGAUGUACAAACGCAUUUGAUGAUACAACUGAUAAUUUUGUGAUACAACUGUUUGUCUUUACACAACCAUUGUUUUAUUUAUUUCACCUUUAUUUUGACAAGAAUUUAAUCCUGAGACCAUGGUCUCUUUUCCAGGUGAGCCCUGUUUAUCACAAUACAUAUCAAUAUACACAUUCUGUAGUAAUAAGAUCUUUUAACAGCUAGCCUUCUGAAAUGCCCUAGAGGCAGCAAUUCCUCCAAUUUUAAAAGUGCAUUGGAGAUCAUUCCACACUUAAGGUGCAAAAAAACAAAAAGCAGAUCUAGCUAACUCAGUGGAGAUCAAAGGGAGACCAGGUCUGGUAUCUUGUACGUUAACAAUAAAGUAAGGUACGGCCAAAGUUUAUACAGGAGGGCUUUAUAAAAAGAGUGCAAUUCAUCGAUCUACAAGGCAUUUAAGAGUGUCAGCCUACUUUCUGAUACAGAAUGCAGUGAUGUGUACUCAACCCAUUGCCCGUAUUAAAGCGUAGUGCGCUAUGAUAAACUGUGUCCAAUGGCUUCAAUACAAUCUAAAGCCUUCGAUAGGUCAUUAAACAGGGCAGCACAGUGCUUCCUCCUAUCCAUAGCCUUUACCACAUCAUUUAACGCCAAGGUUGCAGCAGAGUGUGGUGACUCCACAUCGCUUCUGUAAUAAUAAUUAUUGUGCAGAAAAACAUUCCACAACUUGUGUCAAAUGUGUUCUACAUCCGUUGUACAAUUUGAGUAUGUACGGGGCCAAAUAGUGCAACUAUUUAAUUUAGUGGGCCAGUACUGUUACAUUGUUCGUGUUAUUACUAUUUUCUCUUUGGUAGACCACUUACACCAGAUCUGGGUUCAAAUACUAUUUAAAAUAAUUUAGCUGUGCUUGCCUGUUGCAAUGGAACCAAUAGAAAAAGUCUAAAUAGUGCAAACCCUACCCACCAAACUUGGGACUCCAGGCAGGCUAAAGCAAAUGCUCAAAGUAUUUGAAAGAUUACAAAUAGUAUUUGAACUCAUCGGAUUUACUACACCAUUACAGCUUCAUAACUGAACAGAUUGUGAAAUGCGCAUCAUUGUUGACACUAUCGCAACACUGGGGUCGUGUUCCCCUGCUCAGACUUUGCAUGCAUCAGCCAAUGGUUGCGUGCACGUCAUCGACUGCCGUCAGGCACCAGUUUGCUGUAACAUGUGGUUAGCUGAUACAACACCUGGAUAGGUAUUUUAUGUAUGAUCUGGCAUGCAUCAGCAGGAGUAACACAACCUGUAUGUUCUCAAGAUGGUUCUGACUGCUAUUAUCGUAAUGAUAUAACAAGGAACAUUUUGCAUUGUAUUGAAAUCCUUAAGAGUCUAUUGAUGCACCUAUGCGUCAAUCUAAGUAACAACUUUUAAAAAAUCCCAAUUAAAAUCCAUCAGUUUAAGCUAGAGAUAUGUCAGCCUGCCGCAUCUGCGGUGGAAGGUGGCCGAGCUACAGAGGUGUUUGUCAGACCAUGAGACAUCCUGAAAACGAUUCUUCUCACAAAAAUUUUAGUGUUACAAACUAAUAUGACCCCCACAGGUGUCACGGGAUUCGUGUGAAGGCAACCCAUACAAACGAAUGGAAGUAUGGAGGUAGUUGUGUGCCAACAAAAAUAAGGGGUUAAAUGUGUCCCAAAAAAACAAAUGAUCCAUGUUUUCACCAUCUUAAAACAAUUACAUAUGUUAGCUUAGACCACAUCCCCAUCUAUUUUGGAUGUACAGUGCGUUCGGAAAGUAUUCAGACCCCUUGACUUUUUCCACAUUUUGUUACGUUACAGCCGUAUUGUAGCCUUACAUCAAUCAACACGCAAUACCCUAUAAUGACAAUGCAAAAACUGUUUUUAUAGAAUUUUUUUCAAAUGUAUAAACAAAAAUAAAGACAUUUACAUGAGUAAUCAGACCCUUAA